GAGCCCCCACUGCGUGACAAGACCGCCAACCUCAUCGCACAUGAGGUGGCAUUAUUUUAGUGGAUCAACAUCAGUCACAGUGACCAUUACGGUAAUACUAGCAAGAGCCACCAAACUUGAAGAAGGUCUUCCACAUUUCUCAUCCAUCAUCUAUCUUUACCUUCUCACCCCCUCCCCUUCGGAGCCCUUGAUUUUCUCUUUCUCACCGAUUCCCUCUCUCUCUCCGAUAUUUUCUCAGGAAGAGUAAAAUGGCAAACGCAGCAUCUGGGAUGGCUGUACAUGAUGAUUGCAAGCUAAGGUUUUUAGAUCUGAAGGCAAAAAGAACAUACCGCUUCAUUGUUUACAAAAUCGAAGAGAAGCAAAAGCAGGUUGUUGUGGAGAAGCUUGGUGAACCAACUGAUAGUUAUGAGGAUUUUUCUGCAAGCCUUCCUGCUGAUGAGUGCCGAUAUGCUGUGUAUGACUUUGACUUUGUGACAGAAGAGAAUGUCCCAAGGAGCCGGAUUGUUUUCAUUGCUUGGUCCCCUGAUACUUCGAAAGUGAGAAGCAAGAUGAUUUAUGCGAGCUCCAAGGACAGGUUCAAGAGAGAGUUGGAUGGUAUUCAGGUGGAAUUGCAAGCUACUGACCCUACCGAGAUGGGCCUCGAUGUUAUUAGAAGCCGGUCCAACUGAAAGUGAAAUGCCAGCUAUGCAAUGGAGAUAUCUCCAACUAUGCGAUUCAAUGUUUAUAGUUUGUGGAACUCAGUACUUGCUUUAAUCCUAUGAUGAUGGCUUGUUUUUCACAUUCAAAACAUCGUGAAUUGUUAUUUGUGGUUUUAUUGGGUUAUCACCUUUUAGUGUGAAUUUAUUAUACACACUUAUUAUUAUAUGCUGGUUUAUGGGGGUACAUAAUAAUUUCAAUUGUUUGCUUAUUUGAA